GCUUCUGAGAACAGGAGAUGUCGGACGGGCCCUGAAUGCAGCAUGUCCAUCCAGGCGAGUGUCUGUACAGCGAUUCAGACGAGAGGACCGCCGGUUGUACGGCUGUAUUCAGCGGGUACUUCCUCGACGUCAGAAGUUAAUAGUCGGUUCCUGUUUCUCUCGAUCUCCGAAAUUUCGCCUCCUGCAAACAACAACAGAGGGUUGCAGGUGAGGGUGGAGAAAAACCCAGCCUACACUGGGCAAGAGAACCCCGGACAGUAAUCAUGGCAGAAGCCCACCAGGCUGUGGCCUUCCAGUUCACGGUUACCCCGGAGGGCAUUAACCUGCAGCUAUCCCACCAGGCCCUCACUGAAAUCUACCUCUCUGGUGUGCGCUCCUGGAAGAAGCGUGUCAUCAGACUCAAGAACAGUGUGAUAACUGGGGUAUAUCCUGCCAGCCCUUCCUCCUGGCUUUUUGUGGUUAUAGCAAUCCUGGCUACUAUGUACACUCGCUCUGACCCCUCCAUGGGACUCAUAGCCAAGAUACAGGAGCACCUGCCAGUCAGCCAGUCAAUGAGCACCCAGUGCCAGGCAGUGCUCUCAGCAGUGCUCUUCAGCACCAUGCUGUGGCUCUUGCUCAUCUUCACCAUGCGCCUGUGCCUCAAGCAGCUUCUUUCCUAUCACCGCUGGAUGUUUGAGCAGCAUGGCAAGAUGUCCAACACCACCAAAGUCUGGGUGGCGCUGGUGAGGAUCUUUUCUGGCAGAAAGCCGUUGCUCUACAGCUACCAGGGUUCGUUGCCAAACCUGCCUGUGCCCAGCAUCAAGGACACAGUCAAGCGGUAUUUGGAAUCGGUGCGUCCGCUGAUGGAUGAUACCCAGUAUGGACGCAUGACCAAGUUAGCCACAGAGUUCGAGAGCAGCCUUGGUAACCGCCUGCAGUGGUACCUCAAACUAAAAGCUCUCUGGGCCGCCAACUACGUUAGUGACUGGUGGGAGGAAUAUGUCUACCUACGGGGACGAAGCCCAAUCAUGGUCAACAGUAAUUACUAUGGCAUGGACUUCUUGUACGUAACACCCACACCCAUCCAGGCGGCCAGGGCAGGCAACAGCAUUCACGCUUUCUUCCUAUACCGCCGCAAACUCAACAAAGAAGAGAUAAAACCUGGUCGUAUCCCAGGCACUUUCAUUCCUCUGUGUGCAGCUCAGUGUGAGAGGAUAUUCAACACCACACGCAUUCCUGGAGAGGAGACUGACACUGUGCAACAUUGGCAGGACAGUGACUACAUAGUGGUGUACCACAGAGGUCGCUACUUUCGGCUCAGGGUGUACCAGGCUGGCAGACUGCUGUCCCCCAGGGAGAUUGAAUUCCAGAUUCAGAGAAUCCUGGAUGACCCUACGCCUCCUUCCAGAGGAGAGGCCAAACUUGGUGCCCUGACUGCUGGAGACAGAAUUCCAUGGGCUAAAGCCAGAGCAAAGUAUUUCAACAGUGGCGUCAAUAAACGCUCUCUAGAUUGCAUUGAGAGAGCCGCCUUCUUCGUGACCCUGGAUGAUGACGACGAACAGGGCAUGAUGGGAGAUGACCCGGCAGCCAGUUUAGAUCGCUAUGCUAAGUCCUUGUUGCAUGGGAAAUGUUAUGACAGGUGGUUUGACAAGUCUUUCUCAGUUGUUUACUACAAGAAUGGAAAAAAUGGCAUCAAUGGAGAGCACUCGUGGGCUGAUGCACCAGUGGUGGCACACUUAUGGGAGUACACCCUGGCCACUGACUGUUUCCAACUGGGUUACAAUGCAGAGGGUCACUGCAAGGGAGAAGUGGAUUCAUCACUACCACUCCCACAGAAGCUGAACUGGGAAAUCCCUCCAGAGUGUGAGGAGCAGAUCUCUCAAUCUCUGGCAGUGGCCCAAGUCUUGGCCGACAAUGUUGACUUCCACGUUUUCCCCUUUCAAGACUUUGGCAAAGGAAAGGUCAAGAAGUGUCACGUCAGUCCAGAUGCCUUCAUUCAGAUGGCUCUACAGUUGGCCUAUUACAGGGAACGGAGGACGUUCUGUCUGACAUACGAAGCCUCCAUGACCCGUCUGUUCAGGGAGGGCAGGACUGAGACUGUCCGCUCCUGUACCAAUGAGAGCAGCGCCUUUGUCCGAGCGCUGGAGGGUGGAGAGGCACCAGAUGUGUGCAGGCGUUUGUUCCGUGCGGCAUCAGAAAAGCACCAGCUUCUAUAUCGCAUGGCUAUGACCGGAGCUGGCAUCGACAGACACCUCUUUUGCCUCUAUGUGGUGUCCAAAUACCUCGGAGUGGAGUCUCCUUUCUUGAAAGAGGUGCUGUCUGAGCCCUGGCGGCUGUCCACCAGUCAGACUCCAAUCCAGCAGGUGGAGCUGUUUGACAUGGUCAACUACCCAGAGUACAUCUCCUGUGGCGGAGGCUUUGGUCCGGUGGCUGAUGACGGUUAUGGGGUGGCCUACUGCAUUUUGGGGGACAACCUAAUUAACUUCCACAUCUCAUGCAAACACUCCUGUCCAGACACUGAUGCUCAUAAGUUUGGUGCUCGGAUCAGAAAAGCCCUACAUGACCUGAUACAGCUGCUGAGCCCCGACCAAAAGGAGCCCAACAAAAUGGAAGAGAGUCAGCCUGAUGUCAAGAAAGACCAGUAAACAGUUACUCAGGGUAAAGGGGUGCUGAAGGGAAGGUGGGCAAACAAAAGUGUAACAUAAUAAAGUGAGGAGAGACAUUUACUCUUCAUACAAUGGGGUAAAUUUUAUAGUAAGGUGUUUGAGAUAUGAUGGAAGUGAUGUUUUUACUGAUGAGUUUGUGUGUGUGCGUGUGUGUGUGUGAAUAGAAAAAAAAAGUCCAUAGAAUAACAAAUAAAUAAGCGUGAUGCAAAUACAGUGAUUUGUUGGUUUAGUUUUGUUUUAACAUGUGACCCAGUGAAAAAUAUAAUCAGCACCCCUACAGAGAACAAUAAUUUCUGACAUGGUUUGAUUCAGGCCAGUGUGAAUUGCACCACUCAAAGUUAGGGUGGAAAUUCCUAACACCACCCUUAGUGCAGGGAGUCAUUUAAUAUAAAUCCAAGUGCACUAUGUUUUGACACCAUUAAGUAUGCCACAGUUUUUGUGCCGCUGAUUGUCUGUAGAAUUUGUUAGAAGGCAGUUUGAAGUGGGGGAUUUCAACAAACAGGACUGUUGAGGUGACUUCAAUUUUUACUUAUAAAUGCAACAUUGCUGUAAUGGUGACACCAGGUAUUUUAACAUUUUAGGACUUCUCAGUGUUUGCUCAUUGUGUAUAAAUUGGCUUUUUACAUAUAUUAUUGUAAAGCGCUGCAGUGAGUGCCAGGGUUUAGUCAUGGCGCUGUUGGCAUUACUGUUUGAUUAUAUAUAGUAUUGUAUUCAGUACACACAGGAAUUAACUUUUUUUUUUUUUUCUUCAAGAAUAUCCAAACUGUACUCAGAAUGUUGGUCACUUUUCCAUUCUGUUGUCAGUGGGCAUUAAAAACGACUGUAAAGAACUC